AUGAAUACUUUUGGAAUUAUAACCGCCUUGGCGGUGGUCUGUUUGAUUAAGGUAAGAUACAUAAUAAUAACACGUAAUUAAGUAGUUGAGCACGCUGUCCGGCAAAACUAAUUGUUUUCUUCAACCAGGUCGAAGCCUAUCCAUGCAAUCCAUGUUUACCUUAUAUUCCUACUAAUCUGAGUCCUGCUGCGUUGGCUUCCCUAUUAAAUCUUCUAAAAGCCCCGGUCCCCGCUGUGGCCAAUCUUUCUCCACUCCGGCUGCCCUGCACUCCUCCGGCGCCUGCUUCGACCGUGUCUACUACCCUGACCGUUCCGGCACCGGCAGCUCAAGUCAUCGCUCCGGGACCAGCACCAGGACCGCUAGUUAUUCAGUUACCUUCAAAAUCAUGCAGAUUACCUCCGGUCGUCAUUCCAGCCGGCCCGUCUCCAAAUCUGGUUGUGAAACUCAACCAAUGUCCGCCCAAGCCUCCCGUUAUCCUCCCUCAAGCAGCACCCGGCCCCAUUAUCAUCAAAGAAGGAGACGUGGUCAAAAAUCCGUGUUCCACGUUUGCUCCGGCACCCUCUGCACCAAAAAUAUUUUUCACUCUACCGACCCCGGCACAACCUCCUCCGGUAGUUUUACCACCUGCGCCACUACCACCUGUGUUCUACAAACCAGGGAAUUUUUUCCAAAAACCCGAUAUUGUUUAUCAAAGUCCAGUCGGACUACCACAAUUGUUUUUGAUUUCAUCCCCAUGUCCAUGCCCACCACCAUUGAUGCCACCUCCCGGUCCGUGCAACUUGCCGCCAGUUUUAGGACUAGCUCCUUGUCCUUGCAGCUGUUAA